AUGAGAUAUCAUUAUACCAUGCUAGCCUCGCUUGCCGCCUCAGGGGCUGCGUUCCCGUCCAUGGCAACGAAGAGAGACCUGGAGAAUUUGAGUAAGCGCAAUCCAGAACCCGAAGCCCAUCCCGAGCCACAAAUACUCGGCGGAAUCGUCGGCUCACUCGCCAACACCAUCACUGGACUUCUCGGAGCCGUGGCACAAGGGGCAUUAAACCCUGCAAACAAGCGGCCGGAACCGGGCUACGACUUCAUCGCACCCGGCCCCAAUGAUAGCAGAGGGCCCUGCCCGGGCUUGAAUCUGCUUGCGAAUCACGGCUACCUGCCUCGUGAUGGUCACGUCAACCUGGGCCAAGUAAUUGAAGCCACUGCUCGCGGGUUCAACAUGGGCCCCGACCUUUCGACCAUUCUCGGUGUUUUUGCCGUCCUCACUGACGGAGAUAUCGCAACCGAGUCUUUCUAUUUAGGAUCUGGCCCAGGGAAUGUUGGCGGUCUGAACAGGCACUCAACAGUCGAGGCCGACAUCUCACCUAACCGUGAAGAUUUCUACAACGGAUGUGGUGAUGCUCACCAUGUCUCGUCCCGUUUGUUCAAGCAGAACGUUGAUAUCGUUGCAAAAAGUGGAACGAAGCAGUUCGAUCUGACAAAUAUGGGGACACAAUACCAACAACUGUCCAUUUUCUCUCAAAAGAACAACCCUUACCUCUACUACUUUCCUUUCCCUUUGAUCGUCUCUGUCGGCGCAUUUGCCUUCUAUCCCAAUUUCUUCAGCAACGGCACCUACGGACUCGGAGGCGUUGCUAAUUAUGAGUCCAUUUCAUCCAUCAUCGGAGCAAAGUACGACACCGCGACGGGGGAAUUCCAGUACGUACCCGAAACAUGGCCCGCCAAAUGGUACCGCCGUGCAACGCCAUACACUGCAGUUCAAACCGUAUUGGAGGGCCUCCUCAUCUACCUCCGCAACCCUGUUACUCCGGCUGUUGCGCAGCUUGGCACAGAAAAUCUUAAUGCCACGACUCUGCUGUGUGAUGUUUACCAGGGCAUUAAUUCAAUGGUGCCGCUCUUUGUCUCCGGGACUACGGAGGAGGUGGCCGCCGCGACGACAUGGGCUAUUUCGAAGCUUGACCCCUACUUUUCCAACACCGUUCUUGGCUGCCCGACCAGUGUUCUCUCUCCAAACGAACCUAGCCUCCUGUUUCCCAAUGCCAACCAGCAGGGCGGUCCGCUCAAUCCUCCUCCCAGUGUGGCCAAACACAUUGGCAACAAUGUCUACUACAAGACGUACUUCACUUCAGCGCCGGUGACACCGGCAUGCUGA